CAGGCCACCACACGAUGUCGGGAAUGUCGCGGAAAGGAGCCAAUGUGCACUGCCUGGGCGGUACGUGGACACCGGAAUUUACCCUUUCAUUGGUUGGACGUCUGGAAUGGCUCGUAUUUCGACCGCCACGACCUCUCUGACUAUGGAUAUGAGCUAUUCCUGGGGCAUAACGGAAGUCCAUGCCCGAACAUAGACUAUCGGGACAACGCAACCCGCUUGGUUGUGGUGCACGACAACGGCAUUCACAACUGUCAGCUGCGCUACUGCUUCUGCGGCGGAGGAAUGAUGAAGCUAUCGCAAUUGAUCAGAGCCGAUCUAUUCCCUGCCUCAUUGGCGCGAAUCGAGACAGCGUUCACGUGCGAAGUGCUGGAACGGUUCCAUCUGGACUACGACAUAUCUAAGCGGAGCUCGCAAGACUUUGUGCGAGUCCUGAGUCAGCUCAGCGCUCGAGACGCGAUUACAGGGGAGGUGAAGGACCGUUAUCGCGGCUUCAUGUUCGCGGCGAGGAUAUACAGGUAUCUGACGAUGGUCAAGCGAUCUGGGCGCAAACAUGGCGUGGUGGUGCCGGGAAGAAGGGCGGAAGACAUCACGGUGCCGUGCUUCACAUGCCCGAUACCGAACUUCAACUUGCCAGAUGGGUGGAAGGACACGCCAGAGGAGUUGCGGUACCUAUACCGCAUAAUCUUUUGCGCCGACGGAAACUACAGCCUCCAGAAGAAGACGAAGCAGGGGGACCCCAACGACAUCGCACUAAGUACAGGACAAGGUUUCUUCAUUCCGCACAGCAAGAUGUACGCUGAUCUGGACAAAAAGGAAAGGGAAAGGGACACAGGAGGAUCACAGCCGAUAACGUGCGACGCCUUCAAAGUGGUACGAUCUCAGCGAACGGGGAAGUUCAAACACGUCGACGUGAGCGGAGUGUUGUCGUACUCCUGCGAUCAUAUGCAUUUUAGACCAGGCGCGACUGUGGAUCUGCAGACGACGGAAACGUGGGUGCACGGAGACUUCGGUCUCAAUGGAGCUCUGGACGGCACCGAGGAGUUG